AUGUCUCAAGCAGUUAUCGAUGAUAAUGAAGUAGACAUUGUGAUUGGUGCACUCCGCUCUGACCUCACAACCUUUAUGAAUGAAUGGAGGCCAAUUUUCUCCCGCUUUCACCUGAUAAUAAUAAAAGAUCCUGACCUGAAAGAAGAACUAAAAAUUCCUGAAGGAUUCAGUGCGGAUGUGUAUGCAAAGGCUGAUAUCGAGCAAGUGGUGGGUUCUUCUAUUCGCUUCACUGGCUACUCUUGCAGAUAUUUUGGCUUUCUAAUUUCACGGAAAAAGUUUGUUGUCUGCAUUGACGAUGAUUGUGUUCCUGCAAAAGAUAAUGCGGGGUAUUUGGUGGAUGCUGUGGCUCAGCAUGUUUCGAACCUCCAGACUCCUGCCACCCCAUUCUUCUUCAAUACUCUAUAUGAUCCAUUCCGUAAGGGUGCAGAUUUUGUUCGUGGUUACCCGUUUAGCCUGCGAGAAGGGGUUGUUUGUGCUCUGUCAUGUGGGUUAUGGCUCAAUAUGGCUGACCUUGAUGCUCCAACGCAAGCUCUGAAGCCAUCACAGAGGAAUUUGCGAUAUGUAGAUGCAGUUUUAACUGUUCCUGCUAGAGCCUUGGCGCCGUUGAGCGGAAUCAACAUUGCCUUUAAUCGUCAAGCUAUUGGUCCAGCAAUAGGCCCGGCAUUGAGGCUGUCAGGGGAAGGGAAAUUAAGAUGGGAAACUGUAGAAGACAUAUGGUGUGGAAUGUGUGUGAAAGUCAUAUGUGACCACCUAGGCCUUGGUGUGAAAAGUGGGUUACCCUAUGUUUGGAGAACAGAAAGGGGUAAUGCAGUGGAGAGCUUGAAGAAAGAGUGGGAAGGAGUGAAAUUGAUGGAGGAUGUGGUUCCUUUCUUUCAAUCAUUAAAGUUGCCACAAUCAGCAACUACAGCAGAGGAUUGUGUGGUUGAGAUGGCCAAAACAGUGAAGGAGCAACUUGGGAAGGUUGAUCCUAUGUUUUCCCAGGCUGCUGAAGCCAUGGUAGAGUGGGUCAAGCUCUGGAAGACAGUUGCAUCUGCUUGA